UGAUUUCAACUCGACAGAAAAAAAAAUCACAACAAACCCACGUGGGAGGUAACAGAAGUCACGUGUCUUGUCAACCCGGAACUCGGUACAAACAACAGCUCGGCGUCUCACUCACGUUGACAUCUCGCUGCAGAUUUCAAGACAAGGAACACAGCGAGGAGAAUGGCCACGCACUGGUUGGGUAGCAUUGUGUCUAUUAACUGUGGGGUGGCAUUGGGAGUUUAUCAGGGAGAGGUGUCAUCUGUCGAUCAAAUCAGCCAAACCAUUUCACUGAGACAGCCCUAUCACAAUGGGGUGAAGUGUCCUGUUCCUGAGGUCACAUUCAGUGCCAUGGAUAUCAAGGAAUUGAAGUUCCUAGAUAUCCAGAACACAGUGAACAAGCCCAGCUCUGGGCAGGAGGCUUCAGCAGAACCCAGCUUCAUGUCAGCAGGACGCCAGAGCACCAGAACCACUCAAUCUCACGCAACAAGGGGCAGCUUUCAGUCCAGCACUGCUCCAGUCACUAUCCUACGCAGAGCACCUGCAGGUUCAUCUUACAGCAGAGGGGCGACGCAGGCCUCGCCGAGGAAAACUAAUGUGAGGAAUGAAGGUGCUGGAGGACCAGUAAGGUCAAAGGACAAUGAGUGCUUUGGUGACGGGACAGAUGGGGACCUGGACACUGACUUUGACUUCGAGGGAAACCUGGCUCUGUUCGACAAGGCUGCUGUCUUCUCCCAGAUUGAUGGGACCAGUAGCCACAGCAACAGGACACAGCAUCACAGCAGGCAGGCCGAGCAGAAGCUCCUGUCAUAUCGCCAUGACGAGAAUAUUCUGGAGGGGAAACCAGUUAUAUACAGGCAGAUAACGACGCCUGAGCAUGGGGGUAAAGAGUACUGUACUGACUCAGGCCUGGUUGUUCCCAGUGUGUCCUACAAGCUUCAUAAGCGUCUGCUAGCAGCUGCAGAGCGCUGGGGCCUGACUCUGGAGCGCCGGCUGGAGACGACAGGUAUUUGUUCCAGUCAGAUGGCUCUCACACUGCUGGGUGGACCAAACAGGCUCACCCCAAAAAAUGUCCACCAGAGACCCACAGUGGUGCUUCUGUGUGGGCCCCAUGUUCAGGGAGCCCAGGGUAUCAGCUGUGGCAGACACUUGGCUAACCAUGAAGUGGAGGUCAUCUUGUUCCUACCUAACAUUGUCAGGAUGCAGGAGACAGUCACCAGCGAGGUCAACCUCUACAGCAGGACGAGCGGCAAGCAGGUGGCCAGCGUGAAAGACUUGCCUGCAAGCCCAGUCGAUCUGGUCAUCAACUGUCUGGACUGCCAUGAGAACCCACUGCUGAGGGAGCAGUCCUGGUACCAAUCAGGUGCAGACUGGGCCAACCGAAACAGGGCUCCAGUCCUGAGUAUUGAUCCUCCGGUCAGUGAGCAGCAUCAGACUGUGGAGGCAAAGUGGACCCUCUCUUUAGGGCUUCCACUACCUUUGGCAGACAACGACAGUAGAGUGUACCUCUGCGACAUUGGUAUCCCUAAGCUGGUUUACGGAGAAGUUGGCAUCAACUACCACUCGCCCUUUGGAUGUAAAUUUGUCAUCCCUCUGCACCCGGCAUAACAGAGUUGGUAUAUUUGGACACUGCGAGGGAGUAGUCUUAUUUUCCAUAGUUAGUACAAAGCAUUGUGAAUGUAGACGAGCUACUAUAUGACAAAAAGAAAAUAGUUACAAGGUGUGUACAACUUUUUGACACUUUUGGGAGCAUUGUAUGAGAGACUGAACUAUGCGUGAGCUGCAGGUUUGUCAUCUCAGCAGACGCCAUGUGUUGCGUGCAGCACCUCUUGUUUUUGAAAGGGAAAGGUUUCCUGUCUUUGGUGUGUUUUGAUAAGGGCUGUGUGACGAAGUGAAUAUGUUUACAAAAUGCUGACCACUGUGAGUCUGUCUUUGACCUCUGACCCUGUGGUCAGUCAAAGCAGCAGACACAGUUCCUGUUUCCUCCUUUAGAUUGCCUGUGGAGUCUGGUUCUGACCUGUGACCUGGAGUUGAGCUCAGCCUAAAGCUGUCUGCCAAUCCAGAACUGCCAUUGAACUUCCACACUUGAGAUCGGUGUCCACUUUCUUUCAAUUUGUUGCACUUUUUUUACUCAAAGAGGUGCUUUUUUUUUGUCAAAUAACGGUUGUAGCAUGUUUCAGUGAAAAGGUAACACAAAAUCUAUAUUUGUAUUUAUUUUUGGACUACAUCUCAGGAAUAAUGUAUGAUAAAUUAUAAAAAUAUAUGUUUGCAUUUACAUUGUUAUGACACUAUUUUACACUGAUGCACUGGUGUCUUGAGUUCAGAACCACUGACACUGAAAAUAAAAAAUGGUGGCAGACACUCCUGGAGCAUUA